CUGUGUUGACAAUAUCAUCAGUUUUUGUGCAGUCUUACCUUUUUCCCAUUUUUCUCAGUUUUUGAGCUUCAUUCUGUAACAAUAAGAGACAAAAUAAUAGCGAUAUGCGUAAAAAUAUCAUAUGUAACCAGUUAUGUGGAGAGAAUUUCCUAAAGCAAAGUCCAAUGUAGGCAGGUGUUCAGUGGCUUUGAUGUCCGACACUGGCAAAUGGGCCAGGGGCCAGGAAACAAGAAGAGAGAAGUAGAAAUAGAAACACUUUCAAGGUUAUCAGGUUAUGUUUUAUGUUGACAAUCAAAGAACUAUUCAAAGUGGGUGUGCCGUUAAUCAAGGAAAUUAUUAAUUUUCAACAGUUUGUGGCUAGAAGAAGGCAAGAAUUCAUUGAAUAAAUAGAUUCUUCACAACAGUUCAAAAUGGUACUCUUGAAUUCCUGUUGGUCUCCAUGUAUAUGGACAGAUGAUUUAAGAAGUGGAUGUACAGCCAUAGCUUAUUACACUGGGGCCAUGAGCAUUGUUUCGAUGACAUUCAUAAUAUUCAACAUGACAGGGGGCGACUCAACGCAACUUUACAACCCUCUGUUUGAAGCUGAUGUUCGCUUGUCUAUGCAAGUCAUAGGGGGGCUGCUGAUUGUGUACUUCUUGCAAAUGAUUGGGUCUUCUGUGCUGCUGGUUUAUGGUAUGCAUAGGUUGGUCAGAGGUUUGAUGGUGCCAUGGAUGGCUAGUUUUGCACUUGCCAUUUUGUUCCAGCUUGUUUUUGGUUUGUGGCUUUUAGGAGGUUAUUACAUUUAUCUUGAUACUGUUUUCUACACCCUUGUGAUAUGGAGUUGGAUGGGCUAUAAUAUAUACCUCUGGCUGGUGGUCUUCUCAGAAUUCAGGGAAAUUGAAAAACUGCAGUCACCUAACAUUGAACUCUUAUGGCCUUAAUUCUGCACAUUCUUUAUGCUAUAACAAUCCGUCCAUGAUAUACUUUUAUUACUUUUCAAAGACCAUAUAUUCUUUAUUUUGAGUAUUUUUUCAAUAAUAUAAUUGAUUGUUUUUCAUAUAGUACAUUGUAUUGUGUUUUAUUUUUCAAUAUACCCCAAAAACUUUUGAAUUUUUUCAAACACAUUCCCAUAGAACAAUGUACAGAUAAUCAAGUGCUAUUAUUGCUGCUGAAACAUAUAACUGCUACUCACUGAUGUAAGCAUAUUUGAGAAGUUUAAUGAUUGAUAAAAACUUAGGAAAGGGUCUGAGUAGGUCAGAGAUUAGAAUAAACAUUUUCAUAAAAUAUUUUAUUCCUG